CCAGUAGAUAUCUCUCAGGCUGUAACUGAGAGAAUAAAAGCUCAGAGGCGCUUGGCGGAGAACCCUUAUGAUGUCAGUGCCAUCUGCAUGCUCAGCCGGGCGCAAGAGCAGGUGGAUGCGUGGGCGCAAUCCAACACCGUUCCUGGUCUCUUUACUGGUUCGACUGGGGCCCAGGUCCUCAGUUCAGAGGAGCUGUCCACCAGCGGACCACAAGCAUGGCUGAAGAAGGACCAGUUCCUCAGGGCAGCUCCUGUAUCAGGGGGUGUCGGUGAGUUCCUGAUGAGAAAGAUGGGCUGGAAGACGGGAGAGGGCCUAGGAAGGAAUCGUGAGGGAACCGUGGAGCCGAUCAUUAUUGACUUCAAAGUCGACCGCAAAGGACUAGUUGCUGAAGGAGAGAAGCCACAGAAGCAGACAGGAGGACUGGUGGUAACCAAGGAUCUGAUGGUGAAGCACCCAGUGUCUGCUCUUAUCGAGUUGUGCAACAAGAGACGGAUAAUGCAGCCAGACUUUGUCAUGGUUCAUCACAGUGGUCCUGACCAUCGCAAGAAUUUCCUCUUCAAGGUCACAGUGAAUGGCGUGGACUACCAGCCCCAGACAGCUAGCCCCAAUAACAAACAUGCCAAGGCCAUGGCAGCUACAGUUGCCUUGCAGGCUCUUGGAGAGGUUCCUGUUGAUGGACCAGGACUAUACACUGGCCCUGUCUUCACUGCUGCUUCUACUGGACCCCUGUUCUCAACAUAGACAUUCACACAAGAGCGGGGCCGAUUCGUACACGUAGUCCAACAGUUUGACUCUACUCUCACUUCGGUUGUGGGACACGGACAGGAAUAGUGUCCCGUUGAAUAACCGGCCAGCGAUGACCACUCUGGUGGCUUAUUUAUAUUCUAAGGAAAGAAGAAAUAUUCUAGGCACAGGACAGUGAGAACCAUGAAGACCACUCUGGCUUCAGGUGGUACACAGUGUCUUUGAAUCAAAGCUGCUAGUGACCACUUUUAUACCUGCAAAACCACACUUGUGUGUUUUUUUAAAAGUCACUAUGUUUAUGACAGGGUGGCAAAUAUAUUUUUGCCAGGUUGUUAGGGAUUGGGAAAGAGUCUCCCUCUCAUAUUAUAGUGGAUGGUGUGUAUUUAUGUAUCUAUGUACAUAUGACAUUUAUAAUAUAGUAGCAUUUCAGCCUGAUACUAUGUUAGCUUACCAAUACUUUAGUCUAACCCUAGAUCAGACACAAGUUUGUCUGCAAUAGAUUUGUUGCUGGUCACAGCAAAGCAGAGCUAAGGUGGACUCUUUAAUGAAACGCCAUACUUGUAAAUGACUGUGUCUUGUUGGUUGGAUACUUUUGUGUUGGUCCUGAUGUUAUAUUUGUGGCCUGGCGUCCUUCUAACAAAAUGUUUCUCAUACAAGACGCCAUUAAACUAUGUGGGACUGACCCUCAACAAUGUCUAAACAGAAAAUAAAGA